AUGCGAAAAGGAAACUUUCCAGCAUUCCAGCAGCAGCAGCAGCAGCAGCAGCACCUGCUGCUGCUGCAGCAGCAGAAGGCAGCACAGACGCCCCCCUUCCGCUUUCUCCAGGGGGCCUAUCACUGCCAGCAGGAGCUGCAGCAGCUGCAGCAGCAGCUGAGCCGCCGCGGCCACUCGGCCGCAGACGCUGAAGCAGAACCUGCUGCUGCUGCUGCUGCUGCUGCUGAGGGGGAGGAUCCUGCUGUGGGCGAAGGCCCGACAGCGGGUGCGUUAGCUGCUGAGGUGUCUCUGCUGCUGCAGCGGGUGCAGCAGCUGCAGCAGCAAGCGCAGCAGCUGCAGGCGAUCGGGGAGGAUGUGGGGGACAUCCUUGCGCUGCAGCAGCUGAGGCAGCAGCAGCAGCCGCAGCAGCAGCAGGAUAUGCGGGACGCGAAGGCCCACCGGCACGCCAUGCUGCAGUGUCUGUACACCUCAAUGCAGGAAGCAACAGCGGAGCUGCAGCGCCGCGAGAUGGCAGCUCUGAAGCAGCAAAUGGAGUGCAGCAGGUACUUUUCUGCUGCUGCUGCUGCUGCUGCUGCAGCAGCAGCGAGCGAGGGCUCCGGAGGCUUUCUGCUUUCGACUGGCGCAGCAGCCGCGGCGGAAGCCGCAGCAGCAGCAGAAGCCGCAAUGCGCCGCCAGCAGCAGCAGAAGCAGCAGCAGAAGCAGCAGCAGCAGCAGCAGCAGCAGCAGCAAGUGUCCCGGCGGAGCGCGUGGCAGCGCGCGAGCUCGGCCCCCCCGGAAGCGCGCGAGGAGGCGCAGCAGCAGCAGCAGCAGCAGCAGCAGCAGCUGCUGGUGGAGGAGCAGCAGCUGGCAGCAGCUUUGGAGCGGGACAGCGCAGACGCUGUGGUGUCUAUACAGCUGAAGCUGCGGGAAAUCGCGCAGCUAAUGAACACUUUUGCUGCUGUUACUGCAGCACAAGCUGAAGCUUGCGAGGGUUUAGCAGCAGCAGCAGCAGAGUCUCUUUCCAACGUGCAGCAAUCCGAGCAGCAGUUCAAGAAAACCCUCAGCAGCAGCAGCAGCAGCAGCAGCAGCACCUUCCUCUGCGCCUUCCUAGGCCUCGGCCUGCUGCUUCUCGCCCUCGACUUCCUCACUGCCUCCAGCCCCUACCUCCUCUAA